AUGAAACAUAAAAGCCUUACAAAUCUGACAUAAAAUCCUUUGUUUUUCCAAUCCAAAAAACACUAACAUGUUUAUGCCCAUUACCACACAGCCUGUACACUAGACACUCACACUCCUCCUUGAAACUGCAUACCAAGCCCACAUUCUUCUUACAUAAAAAUCCAAUCAAAACCCAUGUGAAUUCCUUCUUUUUAAUCAUUCAUUCAGCUUGCUAUUCCAUCACCAUCACCAUAAUCAUUAUCUUCAUUCUUCUUCCAACAAAUUUUAAAGAUUCCUAUAGGGUUUUUCAAUCUCCAUUAUGUGGGAUUCGGAGUCUGAGUCAUAUACCGGUAGAGACUACGAUAAUGGUGUCCUUGCUUCAAAGCAACACGGAGUCCAGACUGAUCGCUUUGAACAACGUGGCAAAUCUUGGUUUGUUGCAACUGAUGUUCCAAGUGAUUUCUUGGUUCAAAUUGGUGAUGUUAAUUUCCAUUUGCAUAAGUAUCCCCUGAUAUCAAGAAGUGGAAAAAUGAACAGAAUCAUAUAUGAUUCAAGAGAAAUAGAGUUAAGCAAGAUAGCAUUGGAUGAAAUACCAGGAGGUGCAGAAGCUUUCGAGCUAGCUGCGAAAUUCUGCUAUGGAAUAGCUGUUGAUCUCACAGCAACCAACAUCUCUGGGCUUCGUUGUGCAGCCGAGUAUCUUGAAAUGACUGAAGAUUUAGAAGAAGGGAAUCUCAUCUUCAAAACUGAAGCUUUUCUUAGUUAUGUAGUUUUAUCAUCAUGGAGAGAUUCUAUUUUAGUACUAAAAAGUUGUGAACAGUUAUCACCUUGGGCUGAAAAUUUACAAAUAGUUAGAAGGUGUAGUGAGUCUAUUGCAUGGAAAGCAUGUGCUAACCCGAAAGGUAUUCGUUGGCAGUACACUGGAAAGCCCAUAAAGGCUUCUAGCCCGAGUUGGAAUGAGAUGAAGGAGUCUAGCCCGAGUAGGAGCCCGGUUCCUCCUGAUUGGUGGUAUGAAGAUGUUUCUAUUCUCCGAAUUGAUCAUUUUGUUCGUGUGAUCACCGCGAUUAAAGUGAAAGGAAUGCGGUAUGAGUUGGUUGGAGCUGCCAUUACACACUAUGCAGCUAAAUCUCUUCCGGGUUUGAUCAAAGAGGGGAGUAGUUCGAGUGAAGAAGGGGGUACGAGUGGCGGUGGGAUGGGGAUUUCGACUAACUGGAAAGGAGGUUUACAUAUGAUAGUAUCAGGAUCUAAAGAUGAUCUUUCUUCGAUAACUCAAACGAGAGAUCAAAGAAUGAUCAUAGAGAGUCUCAUUAGCAUAAUUCCGCCACAAAAAGAUAGUGUUUCGUGUAACUUCCUUCUUAGGUUGUUAAGAAUGGCAAACUUAUUAAAGGUGGCUCCAGCUCUUGUGACAGAACUGGAGAAACGGGUCGGUAUGCAAUUUGAACAGGCUACUUUGGCUGAUCUUUUGAUCCCUUGUUAUAGUAAAACCGAUACUAUGUAUGAUGUUGAUCUUGUUCAAAGACUUUUAGAACAUUUUUUGAUACAAGAACAAAUGGAAAUGUCGAGUCCAGGACGUCAGUCAACGUCUGAUAAGCAUAUGUAUGAAGGAAUUCAAAGAAGUAAUAACUCGAAUGCAAAAAUGAGAGUCGCGAGACUUGUUGAUAGCUACCUUACUGAGGUCUCGAGAGAUAAAAGUCUUUCUUUGACCAAGUUUCAAGUCCUUGCCGAGGCAUUGCCCGAAUCAGCAAGGAGCUGCGAUGAUGGAUUGUAUAGGGCGAUUGAUUCAUAUCUGAAGGCUCAUCCAACUCUUUCGGAACAUGAACGAAAAAGACUAUGCAGAGUCAUGGACUGCCAAAAGCUUUCAAUGGACGCAUGUAUGCACGCUGCACAGAACGAGAGGCUACCACUGAGAGUCGUGGUGCAGGUUCUGUUCUCAGAACAGGUCAAAAUCAGCAACGCGAUAGCAAGCAGCUCAAUUAAAGAUGCAGGUGAUUCGCACUACCAACCAAUGGUUCAAAACAGGAAAACAUUACUAGAAGGAACUCCACAAUCGUUUCAAGAAGGAUGGGCUGCAGCUAAAAAGGACAUUAAUACACUUAAAUUCGAGUUAGAAACAGUGAAGACGAAGUAUUUGGAACUGCAACACGAUAUGGAGAACUUGCAACGACAGUUUGAUAAAGUCACUAAACCAAAACAGCAAUCAGCUUGGUCGAGUGGAUGGAAAAAGCUGAGUAAGAUGACCAAGAUGAACACGUUGGAGAAUAACGAAAAUGGGAGUCAGGCUAAUGCAGCACAAACAAGAAAGCCACCAAGGAGAUGGAGGAAUUCGAUUUCAUAAAACACAUAUUAUAAGUUAGAAAUCAGAUAGACAGGGGAAUGUUCAGAAAAUAUGCAUACAAGUCUGAAAUUGAUCCAUCUUUCGUUUUUUUCUACUCGUAGGAAUUGUGUUCUUCAUAUGAUUACUUUUAUCUUGUUGUGUUUGGUAUUCAUUUCAUUCUUGUAUAUUUUAAACUUUUAUCAGUUUUAAAUCUAAGUUAAUCUAUGGUUAUGUA